ACUCUUUGAUGACGUAAUGUGACAACUCUCGAAUAGUCUCCUACUCUCUACACCGUUUAGCCGCCUUAUUUAAAAGAGCCGCAGGCGCGUCACAGCUCAGUUCAUUACGAGAGAGCGACGCGAAGUUAGUGCUUCGAGACGUGAUCGAAGAUUCGCUACGCAGCUAUAUUCGUCUACGUUACUGUGACAUAGCUAACAGAAGAAAAUGCCGAAGAUUCCAGCAGUGGGGAUCGAUUUGGGAACCACGUACUCGUGCGUGGGAGUGUGGCAACAAGGCAAGGUGGAAAUAAUCGCCAACGAUCAAGGCAACAGGACGACACCAAGCUACGUCGCCUUUUGCGACUCGGAGCGGCUGAUCGGCGAUGCUGCCAAGAACCAGGUUGCGAUGAACCCGCAGAAUACCAUCUUCGACGCCAAACGACUCAUCGGCCGCAAGUUUGACGACCCAAAGGUGCAGGGAGACAUGAAGCAUUGGCCAUUCAAAGUGAUUAACGACUGUAGCAAGCCUAAGAUACAGGUCCAGUUCAAAGGCACCACCAAAACUUUCGCUCCAGAAGAGAUAAGCGCUAUGGUGCUUGUGAAAAUGAAGGAAACAGCAGAGGCAUUCUUGGGUGGGCAGGUUCGAGAGGCAGUUAUUACAGUGCCCGCCUACUUCAACGACUCACAGCGGCAAGCUACCAAAGAUGCAGGCGCCAUAGCAGGCCUGAAGGUGCUGCGGAUUAUCAACGAGCCAACUGCAGCUGCACUCGCAUACGGCCUCGACAAAAACCUGAAAGGUGAGCGCAAUGUGCUCAUAUUUGACCUUGGUGGUGGCACCUUUGACGUGUCCAUCCUGAGCAUUUCGGAGGGUUCACUGUUUGAAGUGAAAGCAACAGCUGGAGACACACACCUGGGAGGCGAGGACUUUGACAGUCGGCUUGUGAAUCAUUUGGCUGAUGAGUUCAAACGUAAAUUCCACAAGGACGUACGUUCCAAUCCACGUGCUUUGCGUCGACUGCGUACGGCAGCAGAACGGGCCAAGCGUACGUUGUCUUCCAGCACGGAGGCCAGUAUUGAGAUUGAUGCACUAUUAGAUGGCAUUGACUUCUACACAAAAGUUUCACGAGCACGGUUUGAGGAACUUUGUGCUGAUCUGUUCCGCUCAACACUACAACCUGUCGAGAAAGCACUGGCCGAUGCCAAGAUGGACAAAGCGUCAAUCCACGAUGUCGUGUUGGUGGGUGGUUCAACACGCAUCCCUAAGAUUCAGGCUCUGCUGCAGAACUACUUUGCUGGUAAGCGGCUGAAUUUGUCCAUCAACCCGGAUGAGGCAGUGGCAUAUGGUGCAGCUGUACAAGCAGCCAUUCUCAGUGGUGAUACCAGCUCUGCAAUUCAGGAUGUGUUACUGGUAGAUGUAGCACCACUAUCACUCGGCAUUGAGACAGCAGGUGGUGUCAUGACUAAGCUGGUAGAGCGCAAUGCGCGUAUCCCCUGCAAGCAAAAACAGACAUUCACCACAUACUCAGACAACCAGCCAGCAGUUACAAUUCAGGUGUUUGAAGGAGAGCGUGCAAUGACAAAGGACAACAACUUGCUGGGCACAUUUGACCUCACUGGCAUUCCACCAGCACCACGUGGUGUGCCUCAAGUGGAAGUUACAUUUGACUUGAAUGCAGAUGGCAUUCUAACUGUGUCCGCCCAAGAGAAGAGCACAGGAAGAUCUCGUAACAUCACCAUCCGCAAUGACAAGGGUCGGCUUUCCAAGGAGGAAAUCGAUCGGAUGGUAGCUGAUGCAGAGCGCUUCAAGGAGGAAGACCAGCGGCAACGUGAGAGAGUAGAGGCACGGCAUCGACUGGAGGGCUAUGCCCUGUCUGUGAAGCAGGCACUGUCGGACGCAGGCAGCAGGCUAUCUGAGUCGGACAAGACAGCAGCGAUGACACGUUGUGAGGAGGAAUUACAGUGGCUAGACAACAAUGCCCAGGCGAGCUGUGGUGAGUGUGAGCGUCGGCUACAGGAGCUGCAGCGGGUAUGCACACCUAUAAUGACUAAGCUGCACCAGGGCACUAAGGAUCCCAGCAGUAGCUGUGGGCAACAAGCAGGUACAGGAGCAGCACACACCGGUGGACCAACUAUUGAGGAGGUUGACUAACUGAACUGUUAAUAUAAAAACGGUUUUACGUGUCACUGUGUGUGAUAUAUAAAAUGUGGUGUACAUAGCAUAGGAGAGUGAAGCAUUCAUGAUUUAAAGACUCAUUUAGUGUGUCUUUGUCUGCCUUCUUGUUGGUUGACACACAUGUAUUUA